GUUGGUUCACCCAGCGAGACUGAUCUUUCUACUCCAGUUGAGUUUAGUCCAUUCACAGCUGAGAAAGACUUUGUGUUACUUUUUAUUUGACUCCAGUGAUCUCUGCAUCUUCGAGAAGUGUUGAGAUCAAAAACUGCACAAAAAGAUGCAAACUCUAACUCUCAUCACAUGCUUGGUGGCCACAGUGUUUGCCAGCCCAAUCCGUAAAGCCAGAGAUAUAUCCAGCAGUCGGGAGAAUUAUUAUCAGUAUUAUCGACAGUUCUAUCCAUCUAUUUACAAUCGUUACUUUCCUUAUCGACCUGGAUUUCCCAUUCAACCUUAUUAUCCCUACUUGCCCUCAUUUCCUGGCUACUACCCAAACUACUACCCUAAUUAUAAUAUCCCAAACUAUGGACGUAUACCUGUAUAUCAUGGUUUUGCAAGGAACUCUAAAUCCCAACUCUCAAAGGUAAAAACAGGUAAUGUGGGAGAUGGUCCACAGGAGUACUCAGUAAUCAGCAAUACUAGACCCCUCAGUAUGAGUUCUGAGGUUUCGUUUGAAGAUUCAAGCAGUAUGGAAGAUAAUAAUUUCAGGAUACCCUUUAUGAAUGUACCAUAUGAUAUACCCGAUUAUGGCAUACCAGGAGAUCCAGAUUAUGGAGUACCAGGAGAUCCAGAUUAUGGGGUACCUGGAGUACCAGAUAAUGAGGGACCUUUUCUGCCAGUCAAUGAGAGACCUUUCGCACCUGGGGUAGAUACCAAUGCUGUGGAUGUUGGGUUCAACCAACAAAACUCCCAGGAACUGGCUACUGAAGUUUCUGAUACAGAGGAACCUGCUAGUGUUCUCCCAUACUCUGACGCUGUGCAAGGAACGGACUCAUUGGGAUUAAACGGUGAAGAUGAUUCCAUGAUUGGAUACAGUAAUGAGGACAUUCGCCAACAAAACACAAUGUAUGAGCUGGCUGGAUUUGAUGUGAUAUAUGAUCAAACCCUGAAUAAUGAGGAAUUGGCCAAUCAGCACAUGUCAAAUGGAAACUUGGAUGAAGAUGUUCAAACUCUAGAGGAUGAGACCCAGAAUAAUGGUAUCAACUCAGAGGACGUAGACUCAAUAGUACUUUCCAGUGAUGAGGACAUUGAUGGAAUUGACUCCAAUCUCAAUGAGGAAGAUAAUGAUAAGGAAUCAAAUGAAGAUGACAGUCAUGAGAUUAAUGCUGAGAUUAACAAUGUACAAUAUGAAGUCAAGGACAGUAAUCCCUACUUUGUCUUUGAAGAUGCUGACUAACUGAGAUGAAGAAGAUGUUGGACCUAAACUUUGAUUCAUAAUAGACAUUGCAGUCUUUGAUCUAUCAAAAUGUUACUGAUGGACAGUUUAUGUCACUAUUAUCACUGGAAAUAUUAAACAAGGAAAGUCUUCUCUUACGGUUUAAAUAAAAACAUUUUAUUUGGGGCAUAAGGCUUUCUGGUGUUAUAUAGAUUAUGUCUUACAAAAUGCCGAGCAAUUCCUCAUGGAUGGCUUCAAGAUUCCACAAAGCUGGCACUAUAUCUACAAGAAUCUAAAUAGCUAUUUACUUGUAAACAAAUAAUUUUGUUAUUCAUUCUUGAGAUGUGGGAGUCUCUAGCAAGACCAGCAUUUGUUGCCCAUCCCUAAUUGCCCUUGAAAAGGUGGUGGUGAGCUGCCUUCUUGAACCGCUGCAGUUCCUGUGGUGUAGGUACACC